UGAAGAAAGAGAGAGAAUGUGGACAUGCUAAACAUGCUUAAGACUGGGUCAUUUGGACCACCAUUGUUAUGUUUGUUGUAGCAUUUAAACAUGCUUGUCUUGAUCUAAUCAACACAGGUAUUGCAUCAGAAAAUAGAAUGGAUAGAUCUCCUUCUUGCUGUUCUAUACAUUCUGCGAUCAACCGUGGGGCCUGGACUGCCAAGGAAGACAUGAUUUUGAGAGAAUAUAUCACAAAUCAUGGGGAGGGAAGAUGGAGUUCUAUACCCAUUAAAGCAGGUCUGAAUCGAGGUGGAAAGAGUUGUAGAUUGCGAUGGAUGAACUAUCUUCGUCCAGGCAUUAAGCGUGGAAACAUUUCUGCUGAUGAAGAGGAACUCAUUAUUCGAUUGCAUGGACUUGUGGGUAAUAGAUGGUCUCUGAUCGCAGGACGACUGUCUGGUCGAACAGAUAAUGAAAUAAAGAACUACUGGAACACAAAACUAAGCAAGAAGUGCCUUCCACAAAACAUUAAAAAGAAUCUUGCUCCUCCUGGAAAACACCAUAUCCUGAAAUCUGGUCCUGUCAAAUCAAAGGCGGUUAGAUUAUCAAGGUGCUGCAACAGAAUUUGGGUCACUAGCAUUUCAGAUCAUCGAGACUUGAAUACCCCUGUUGGUGCCAAAAUAAUGAAGAAUUCCAAAUUGUUAUGUGAACAGAAGCUGUUGACAGAGAAUGACUCUGGUUUCAUCGACCUUGGAAUUCAGAAAAGCUCUACUCAAUGGGGAUUUCCAUCCAUGCAAAAUAUUGAUCAAUUUUCUCCGCCUUUCAUGCCCAAUUUAGUCGAGUCACCAUUGCUACCUUCUAAGCAUGAUACAGAAAACGAAUCUGAAGCAUCAGGGAGUUUAUUGAAUUUCAAUCAAAUGCAAACUGUGGACAUUGAUUUUCUCUCGUGGCCAUACUAUUAUCUGGACAAUCUCACAAUCGAAGGAAGGCCUGAUAAUAUCUUUGAACAAGGAAUGGAAGGAAUCUAAAGAUGUUCUCAGCAGUAUGAUUGGUUAGAUGAAUUACAAUAUUUUUAAAUCUUCUUGUUAUUUUUGUUAUUUUUGAGUUUGAUUGUGUG